AUGAGUUUUCUGGGGAAACUAUUUGGUGGGAAAAAAGAGGAAAAAGGACCAACGACACAUGAAGCUAUACAAAAAUUACGAGAGACUGAAGAAUUGUUGAUUAAAAAACAAGAAUUUUUAGAAAGAAAAAUCGAACUUGAAAUACAGACUGCUAAAAAACAUGGCACCAAAAAUAAAAGAGCUGCAAUUGCUGCAUUGAAGCGCAAGAAGCGUUACGAGAAACAGCUUACCCAAAUCGAUGGAACUUUAACUCAAAUUGAGGCUCAGAGGGAGGCCUUAGAAGGUGCAAACACCAAUGCCCAGGUCCUCAACACUAUGAGAGAUGCAGCUAACGCUAUGAAACUAGCCCAUAAGGACAUUGAUGUAGACAAAGUCCACGAUAUAAUGGACGAUAUCGCCGAACAGCACGACAUAUCGCGUGAGAUCACGGAUGCGAUCAGUAACAAUGUGGCCUUCGCUAAUGAUGUCGAUGAUGAAGAACUGGAGAAGGAGCUUGAGGAAUUAGAACAGGAGGAACUUGACAAGGAGAUGAUUGGUAUCAAUGUCCCAGCAGACAAGUUGCCCGAUGUGCCCUCCACUGAGCCUGUGCCUGAAAAGUCCAAACCGAGCAAAUCUCAAGAGGAUGACAAAGACUUCGAGUUGCUUAAGUCCUGGGCAACA